ACAUACACACGCGCGCGCACUCCACCUACUUCAAGCCACUUAUGCCGGUGCUGUAGAGCAGGAUCUCUCAGUUGUCGUUAUUAGUCGAAUGAUCGCUUUUCACCUGUUAUAGCUUUUCAUUUCAGUUCAGCUAUUCAAAGUAUUUUUUACGGAAUAAGAGAGAUUAUGUCCAGACAGCUCACCAUGAAUCCAGCUUUCCUACCUCCGCAAACUAACGGCGUUUUGAAGGCGCUCCUGGAAAAACCUCUGAAACUGCCUUUGCACCAAGAUGAAGGCUAUGGAAAGGAGAGAGACAAGGUUAAAAAGCUGGACGAAGAGGGAAACCCUCCGCAGUCUGCUUUCUUAGGGCCAACGCUUUGGGAUAAAACAUUGUCUUACGAUGGAGACAGCUUUCAGUUGGAGUAUAUGGACCUUGAAGAGUUUCUCUCUGAAAAUGGCAUCCCCUCCAGUCCUGCCCAACAUGACCAAACCCUCCAUCAACAUCACCACCAGCAGCAGCAGCACCAACAACAACAGCAACAGCAGCAGCAACAGGCUUCAAUGCCCCAGGGGCCCAUCUCAGUCAUGGACCUCAGCAGUCGCUCCAUCCACACAGCCAUGCCUCCUCAAAACUGCCUCCACAGCCCAGGCAGAUCAGUUUUGCCUGCAUCCCGUAACACGCCGAGUCCAGUAGAUCCGGAGGCUCUUCAGAUCCCGGUGAGCUACGAGCCCGACCCGGCGGAUCUCGCUCUCUCCAGCGUCCCUGGACAGGAGGUUUUCGAUCCACGGAAGCGCAAGUUCUCCGAAGAAGAGCUGAAACCUCAGCCUAUGAUCAAAAAAGCACGCAAAAUCUUCAUUCCUGAUGAUUUGAAGCAGGAUGAAAAAUACUGGGCACGGCGCAGAAAGAACAAUGUGGCUGCCAAGAGAUCACGAGAUGCUCGGCGUCUAAAGGAAAAUCAGAUUGCCAUCCGGGCUGGUUUCCUGGAGAAAGAGAACAUGGCCCUCCGGCAGGAAGUCUCUGACCUACGGAAAGAGCUGGGGCGGUGCAAAAACAUCUUAACCAAGUAUGAAGCUCAGCACGGGCCCCUGUGAGGCCUUCAUGGUGCUCUGAAGUUCCCCUUACCCAGUGCCCUUCCAAUUUGAAGGACAAUAUUCUUGGGUUGCAAGUCCGCUGGGCCAGUUUUUCAGCCAGCCCUCACCUCAGUCUGUUCUUGGCACCUUAGAAGGCAGAAACGUCUCAUUGUGUGGUUAUUUUAUACAUCUUAUAGAGAUCUACCCAUUUUCUUUCUCUGUUAGCGCAAACAAAGCCAUCAUUGUUUGCCGAUCAUGUUACCUAUUGUUUUAGUGUUGUAGCAUUUGUCCACAAACGUUUGCCUUGAUUUUGUUGUACUUUAGCAGUCAGAUCUGAGCUCUACAGACUCACACUCAUUGUGCUGUGUAAGAGAGAGGUACAUGUGCAUAGAUUCUUCAGGCGUUUUAGGUUUUGUGUCUUCAUGAAGACAUCAUUCUCACAGACAGAACAGAAUGUAGCAAGAAUGAGAGUUUAUAAAAUAACUCAAUUAUACUUAAUAUAUGUAUUUGUUUAAGGAAACCGAUAAUGAAGUUGGUAAUAUUGAGUGCAUCUGGUUCUGGAAGUAAAAACCCAGUUAAUUUUUUUCAAUGGGAAAUUGAUUUAAAAAACAGACCUCUUAUGACUGGUGAGGUUGUUAAUUUAUAUGCUUUAGUUGUAUCCAUUGGUUUACAUUCAAUCCUUUAGUAAAACGAUUGUGCUUGAUGCAAUUCAUGCAGAUUCAUUCACUCAUUCAUUUUCAUCCACUUUUCUGGGGCUGGGUUGCGGGGGCAGCUGUCUUACGAGAGAACCCCAGACUUUCCUCUCCCCAGACACUUCCUCCAGCUUCUCCGGGGGGAUCCCGAGGUGUUCCCAGGCCAGCCGGGUGACAUAGUCCCUCCAGCGUGUCCUGGGUCUUCCCCGAGGCCUCCUCCCAGUGGGACAUGCAUUGAACACCUCCCUAGGUAGGUGUCCAGGAGGCAUCCGAAACAGAUGCCCGAGUCACCUCAGCUGACCACUCCUGAUAUGGAAGAGCAGUGGCUCUACUCCAAGCUCCACCUGAGCUCCUCACCCUAUCUAAAAGGGUGCGCCCUGCCACCCUGCGAAAGAAACUCAUUUCAACCACUUGAAUCCGAGAUCUUGGCCUUUCGGUCAUGACCCAAAGCUCAUGACCAGGGGUGUCCAAACUCAGUCCUGAAGGGGUGGUAUCCUGCAUAGUUUUAGCAUAGUUGAACUUCCUUCAACACACCUCCCUGAAGUUUCUGGUAUACCUAAAAGAGCUUGAUUAGCUAAUUCAGGUGUGUUUAAUUGGGGUUGGAUCUAAAACAUGCAGGACACCCCUGCUCAUGACCAUAGGUGAGAGUAGGAAUGUAGAUUGACCGGUAAAUCGAGACCUUUGCCUUUCGGCUCAGCUCUUUCUUUACAACGGACCGGUACAUCAACUGCGUUACUGCUGCCACUGCACCAAUCCGCCUGUUAGUCUCAUGUUCCAUCCUUUCCUCACUCGUGUACAAAACCCCAAGAUACCUGAAAUCCUCCACCAGGGGUAAGGACUUCACUCCAACCUGGAGAUAGCAAACCACCUUUUUCCGGUGGAGCACCAUGGCCUUGGACUUGGAGGAAUUACAUUAUUACCCAUGAUGUUGUACAAACAUCAUACUGUACCAAUCAGAGAUUCAUAAUGACCAACACAGUUGUCUGGUCUGAGUAAUAUAACUCACCUACAGUAAUUCCUAUUCAAUUCUAAACUAAAAGUAGCCAUCGUUGGUUGGUCCACCUUGGUUGACAACAUUUGAGGGAUAUUAAAUUGCAUUUUUGUGGUCCCCUUCGGCUGAAAUCAAACUCAUUUUUGAUUCAGUUGAACCCACACUCAUAAAAAAAUCCCUUGUGAAAUACAGAUAGCAAAGCUGAUAAAUCAAACUUGUUGAACGAUAUCUUUAGCUCCGCUCACAUGUAUGAGUCACCAAAAAUUGUGCAAUAGUCAGUGUCUAUAUCAGGGGUGUACAAACUCGGUCCUGGAGGGCCGUUGUCCUGCAUAGUUUAGCUCUAACUUUCUUCAUCACACCUCCCUGGAAGUUUCCAGUAUACCUAGAAAGCUUGAUUAGGUGGUUCAGGUGUUUUCAGUUGAGGCUGGAAUUAAAUAUGCCGGACACUGGACCAAAUUUGGACACCCCUGCUCUAUACACUCUUAAAAACAAUGAAAUAUUCAUAGAGAUAAAUACACAUUUGGCAAUAAAUGUAAUGUAAAUGUAAAAUGUAAACUGUAAAUAGAUAGUGUGAAAAGUUUUUUUUUAUGUAUUUUCAGUAAAAUGUCUAAUUGUUAUGAUAUCAUUUGUAUUAAAAUGUACGAUUUUUAAAAGGUGUGCCCCAAACCAUAGCUCUAACUCUACCCAUCAUUGGGGGAUGAGCAAAUCUUAAUAAAAUGUACAAAAAAGAUACAAAUUAGCCACUAAAUCAAAAAGUUACAAAAUUCUGUAAGAUUGCGUUUGUGCGUCAUGCAGACUCAUGAACGAGGAGUGGUGACAAUGAAUGAAGAUAAAGGACUAGGCCUUAGAGGUUUAUUCUGAAGUUUUAUUUAUGUUUGUGCAGCAGAUAUCCACAAGGGGAUACUACUUUAUUUUUAUUUAGUGGAUUGUUAAUUUAUCAUAUAAAGCUUACAGUACCCACCUUCCCAAUCCCUGAACAAAUAUUCAAUAUUUCUUCAUUGUCUUUGAUUGCAAUUCGCUAUGCCUUAUGGCAGGGGUGUCCAACUCAGUUCCUGGAGAGCACAGUUUAGUUCCAACACACUUACUUUUAGGUUCCAAACAAGCCUAAAGGAUUCAAUUAGUUUGAUCAGAUGUGUUUAAUUAGGAUUGGAACUAAACUGUGCAGAGCUGCGGCCCUCCAGGAAGUUUGACACCUGUGCCUUAUGGGAUUGCAGUACCUCAAAGGUGAUUUGCUUGGUGCCUGACUUUCAUAUGCUUUAACAAAGCUUUAACCAUUAAUGUGAAAAAAAAAAAAAGCCUUAUGGGAAAAAUACUUCCAGAACCAGUGCUGAAAAAGGUGGAUGGGAACUAAUGCACUCUUCCAAAGCAUAUUAAAUUAAGUAUGCCAGUCUGUGUUAAUCUGUGCCACACGUAGGCUUUUCACACUGGAAAUAGUUAAACCAUCAUUCUAAACCUUGGGUGAACAGAAUUCUGGUUUAUUUUGAUCUAUGUUUUAGACAAAUCAAUUAAUUAAUCAGCCAAUCAAUAAUUUAAGAGAUUAACGAAUCCUGGAAUGUUUUCACAUGGUAAAUUGCUAGGUAAGCGCCCUCAUUUGCAUAUUGACGGCGUCUCUGUCAUUGAUUGUAUGAAGGCAGCACAUGACUGCUAGUGAUGUAGGCUAAUGCCAUAUAUUGUCAAUAGCUAACAAGUUUAUUCUGAACAAACUUUUCGGACUGUAAAGGUAGGAAAGAAUCAAUCUUCGUUUGUUGUCUGUUACCUCAAAUGCUUAAACGGUUUAUGGUUAUAACGUGCGGUGUUUACGUGACUGUCAAGAGCGCGCUAAUAUGAUGCGAAAUUUCCAUUUUACACUGAGUAAGUUAGUUUCACACUGCAGGUUUGGCACCGAGAUACCAAUAAACUCCCCAAAUCAGUGCAAGAUAUACUGCGUUGUAAGUUUUGUAACCUCUGGUUAAAGCGGUGCACAAUCCGGUUAUAAGUGUGAAAUAUUUAUUCGGGGUUAAAAGUGGGUUUAGAACGACGUAAACCAGGUUUAGCGCCGUGUGAAAAGCCCAAACUGAAGUUGGUAGCCUAUUACUUUCUAUAAAGUUAAACUGACUUACAUUUAACAGAAUAUGAAAGGUGAAUUAUUUGAUUAAAAUACCCUUCUUGCCCCUUUUAAUGUAAACGUGUGAGAAGCUAAAAUUAUAACUGGCUGCUACAAUAAUUUUCCGUCAUCACAAAUAACGUCAUUGGUUGUGCAUAACAACAUACUCUAUGAGUUCAAACUGUGAUCGAAGUAAAGCUCGCUGAACAAGGUCUCAAUGCCCUUAAUUGCAAACCUGCUAUAUACAGUAGAGUAUAUUGAAGCUGAUAUGUUGCCUUUUGGUGGUCAUUUAUGAAAUGAAUGUAGAUGUAUGAUGUAUUUUAUGUCUAUCACUCUUGAAUACAGACCAAAUGAUAUGAGAUACAAUAAGGUUAUAUUAAAUGUUUUUACAAAGUUAUUCUCGUUUUUGUACAGUAUUUUCUUAUGAAUUUCUGAAUAUAUAAAUGUAAUUAGAUGUGUACUGUAUUGCAUCAAACUAUAUGAACAUGUUCUAAAUUCUAUACGGGCAUUAAUAAAUUGCAUUUAGUACCACAA